GGAAGAGAUCUCGAUUCGAUUUCGUCAACGAGCAAGGUGUUUCAUCACCACCUUUUGGGUCAGAUGGUAAUAAUGAGCCCUCCUCGAAUCCUUUGUUGAAGAGAAUUCGAACCGAGCAGUACCUCCCCAUUUAGAACAGUACAGCGGAUGGGAAUCAUACUCUAAACGGCCUUUCAACUGAAGAAUACCAACCCACUCAAAUGGGCAACAAAACUCAUCGGUCCAGAUACCCGACAUCCCGGGCGGGGCUCACAAUCACCCCUCAACAGCCAUUACGCAUCCCUCCAUAUCACAUCAGACCCCUUCCAGGAUCACCCGGCAUAAGCAACAGCCCCACCCCUAGUAGUCCCCGCCCACCAAGAGAUAGAGAGGCUAUCAAUAGGCUAUCGCUCGAGCUUUCGAAGGUCCGCGGUCAGCUAACCACCUUAAAACACUCUGAGAAAGGGAUAUCGGAAGAUCUUAUGCGUCUUGGUGUUCCUCAACCGAAGAGUGAGGAAACAGCACCCUCACCCCAUGAUAUGGAGGCGCGACUGAUACUGCUUGAAAUCGAGUUGCAGCAGGAAAGGACACAACGUCUCCGUGCUGAGCGUAUGCUCAGUGAAGUAGAGAGGGAGUGCAGGGUUCCCUUUGUGGUGCCAGCGUUAUUUCAGGCGUUUUGCAGAAUAUCGGACCUCGGGCACCAUGAAUACUCAAAGGCAAGUGCACUGUACGAUCAAGACACCUGUCUAACCCGUUGACAAAGUGACGAGUGCUUUCUUGGAUAUGUGCAUUUCCAGGCUGAUCGCCCGAGCUCAGGUCCUGCGAUCCUCAACCAGCCAUCGAAAUCCUUCUAUGUCAUAUUCAAAUCUGCAUUUCUAGUGGGUGGUAAAGUGCACACAGGCGCUCCCCUAUUAGGUGCUAUCGGUUA